AUGACAUUGUCGCCGACAGAUAUAGCAAAAUGUGGCGGCAGUGGAGGCUUUGCCCCGAUGGCGAUUGCGGAGGCAUACCCCAACCUGAACUUUGUAGUUCAGGGUCAAGAGCACACAAUCACAGAAGAGACGAAGGCUGCAGUGCCUCAACAUCUCAAGUCCCGAGUUAGGCUUGAAGUACAUGACCUGUUGAAACCACAGACCGUAGUAGCAGAUGUCUACUUUUUUCGCUGGGUCUUUCAUGGCUUUGCUGAAAAGUAUGCUAUCGAGGUCUUGCGGGCUUUGACUCCGGUGCUUAAGAAAGGAGCCAAGGUUGUCGUCAACGACGGCGUGAUCCCCGAAGCUGGCAGUGAACAAUACCGGCGAAAGGGCUUGCAUGACUGGAUAGGUCUAUUCAAAGUGGCCGAUCCCCGAUUUAAGUUACUGAAUGCCUGGAAGCCCCCGAAGAGCACAAUUUGGUUCGUUGAAGCCGAGUGGCAGCCGUAA